AUGCCACGGGAAAUCAUCACCAUCCAGGCAGGACAAUGCGGAAACCAGAUCGGACAGGAGUUCUGGGCGCAAUUGUGUGCAGAGCACGGAAUCAGCAAGGACGGAACUCUGGAGGACUAUGCUACCGAGACCGGAGACCGCAAGGAUGUCUUCUUCUACCAGGCUGACGACGAACACUAUAUCCCACGCGCAAUUCUCAUCGACCUGGAGCCACGAGUCAUCAACACAAUCACAUCUUCGCCAUAUGCCAACCUCUACAACCCCGAAAACAUCUUUCUCUCCAAAGACGGUGGUGGUGCCGGAAACAACUGGUCACUCGGUUACGGAUCCGGCGAACGCGAGGCUGAGGAAAUCCUGGAAAAACUGGACCGGGAAGCUGACGGGAGUGAUUCGCUCGAGGGAUUCAUGCUGUUGCACUCGAUUGCGGGAGGUACAGGAUCAGGACUGGGUUCUUUCUUGUUGGAGAGGUUGAAUGAUCGGUACCCGAAGAAGCUGAUCCAGACUUAUUCGGUUUUCCCAAACAAUGAGGAGAUGUCAGAUGUAGUUGUGCAGCCUUAUAACAGUAUGCUGAGUUUGAAGCGGUUGACCCAGAAUGCGGACUGUGUUGUUGUUUUGGAUAAUGCGGCGUUGACCAGGAUUGCGUGUGAUCGGUUGCAUAUCCCUAACCCCACUUGGGCCCAGACCAACCAGCUCGUGUCGACGGUAAUGUCGGCAAGCACAACAACGCUUCGAUACCCAGGAUACAUGAACAACGACCUCGUAGGCAUGAUCGCCUCCUUGAUCCCGACCCCAAAAUGUCACUUCCUCCAGACCUCCUACACACCCUUCACGAGUGACGGGAUCGACCAGACGAAAUCUGUGAGAAAGACGACUGUCCUGGAUGUGAUGCGUCGGCUCUUGCAGCCCAAGAACAGGAUGGUCUCGACUACGCCCUCCAAGAAGAGUUGCUAUGUCUCCAUCCUUAAUAUCAUCCAAGGAGAGGCUGACCCUACUGAUGUACACAAGUCGUUGCUGAGAAUUCGGGAGAGGAGGUUGGCGUCGUUUAUUCCUUGGGGUCCUGCCAGUAUCCAGGUCGCAUUGACCAAGAAAUCUCCCUACGUCCAAACCCCACACCGUGUCAGCGGCCUCAUGCUCGCCAACCAUACCAGCAUCGCCUCUCUGUUCAAGAGGACGUGUGACCAAUUCGACAAGCUGCGGAAACGAAAUGCUUUCUUGGAACCCUACAGACAGGGGUCGUUGUUCCAGGAUGGAUUGGAGGAAUUCGACGAGUCCAGAGAAGUUGUCCAGGAUCUCAUCAACGAGUACGAAGCUUGUGAGAACGCGGAUUAUGUCAACUACGGCCAGUAG